AUGGACGAUGAGCUCCUAGCAACCUGGGCCCGGCUGCCAGCAGAGGAGCGCGCGCGACUGCUGUGUGUGCAAGAACCAGAAUGCGUGCGAUUGAUCGACUUGGGCAUGCAGAUGCUCUGGGCCGCAGAGCUCCAAUCCCGGCAAUUCGGGGUUUGUGGUUCCUCCGAUCCCUUUGACCAUGCGCAGCUGCCCCUGCUGGCGACCAUGCAGUUCGAUGGCUUCAUGCACAAAGGCCAAAAGGUCUUCAAGUCCGUGAAGUGGCCGAAGGAGUUCCAUCAGGACCCCAUGAUCUUGGCAAAUGCCUUGAGAUUCUCUUUGCAGGCCUCACAUGGCAAACGUCGGAGCCCUGCCAUGCAGUCCAGCCGAUGGCACCAGUUGUUACUUCCUGCGGCGCAGUCCUGGGCAGCCUUCGAGAUUCAGCUGGCGCAGCUGGUGGAGCAACUGGUUCUUCGGGCCCAAGAGGUCGGCCCUGAGCCGCUCCCACGCCCUGUGGGUCCUGCGGGCGCUCCUGCCAGCCCAGUGGAGCGGGAAGUUCGUGAACCCACGGAGACAAGGCUUUGGUCCUCCUGGGCUGCAGCCACUGCGCCGACUGACGAGGCUGUCCCUCAUCCGGGAGAUCCUCAGGAGGCGGUGGAGGAGGAAGCGUCGGGGACCUUGGCAGCACUGGGUCUAAGCGAGAAACACAGAGCAGCGGAACAACCUGUGUACAUUUGCUGA